CCAAUUACAGCGAAAGCACUGGUCCCGUCGCCCCCGUUCCUCUUGACGGCCUCGCCGUCGCCUCCCUUUCUUCUUCCUCGACGGCUCCUCCUCACACUCUCACUCACGCGGAGAGCGCUCGCGCGGGCGCACACGCGGAGGUGGAGGUUCACAGGAGGGGGAGGGAGGGGAUGCCGGGGAGCCAGAACGGGGGGCCGAGGCCUCGGCCGGUCAAAGCCGAGACCAUCCACGGUCUUGCGCGCGCCGGCGACCUCGCCGGCGUCCAGAGGAAGCUGCGGGAGAACCCCGCCCUCCUCAACGACAAGAAUCCCGUGAUGUGUCAAACACCACUUCAUGUUGCUGCUGGCUACAAUAAUACAGAAAUAGUCAAGUUCUUGCUUAACCAGCAAGGUACAGAAACAGUUGAUCUGGAGGCAAAGAACAUGUAUGGAGAGACUCCUCUGCAUAUGGCAGUGAAGAACAGCUCUUGCGGAUCAACAAAUCUACUCCUUGAACAUGGUGCACACAUAGAAGCCAAAGCCAAUAACGGCAUGACACCAUUGCAUUUAGCAGUCUGGCAUGCACUUCAAGCUGGAGACUGCAGCACGGUUAGCGUGUUACUAAGCUACAACGCGGAUUGCUUUGCAAAAGAUGAUGAAGGCAAAAUGCCCUUAAAUCAUAUUCCAGGAGGAGCUGGUAGUGAGAAGCUGCUGAAACUCCUCACUCAUCAUAUGGAAGAGCAAAGAAAAAAGAAAGCUCUCAUGUCAUGCGUUGAAGGGCAAGCAAUGUCAGAGUUUGAAGAGGCAAUAUCACAAAUUGUUGGAUUGCAGGAGCUCAAAAUGCAAUUGCGCCGAUGGGCAAGGGGAAUGCUUUUUGAUGAGAAGCGACGGGCUAUGGGCUUAGGGAUUGCUAGAAGGAGAGCUCCCCAUAUGGCAUUUCUUGGCAAUCCAGGAACUGGCAAAACUAUGGUUGCUCGAAUUCUUGGAAAGCUCCUUCACAUGGUUGGAAUUCUCCCUACUGACAAAGUAACUGAAGUUCAGCGAACUGAUCUUGUUGGAGAAUUCGUGGGGCAUACUGGACCGAAGACUAGGAGGAAGAUACAAGACGCAGAGGGAGGUAUUCUCUUCGUGGAUGAAGCUUACAGGUUGAUACCAAUGCAAAAAUCCGAUGACAAGGAUUAUGGUUUAGAAGCCUUGGAGGAGAUAAUGUCUGUAAUGGACAGUGGCAAGAUAGUUGUCAUAUUUGCUGGGUACUGUGAUCCAAUGAAGCGAGUCAUCACCUCGAAUGAUGGUUUCUGUAGGCGGGUCACAAAAUUCUUCUAUUUCGACGAUUUCAGCACGACAGAACUAGCAGAGAUCCUACAUAUGAAGAUGAUGAGCCCAAGUGAGAGUAGCUUGCUUUAUGGGUUUAAGCUGCACCCAAGCUGCAGCAUUGAAGUCAUUGGAGAGCUGAUUGCCAGAGAGACCACUGAAGAGAGGCGGAAACAGAUGAAUGGAGGCCUUGUAGACACACUGCUCAUCAAUGCCCGUGAGAACCUGGAUUCACGGCUUGAUUUCAACUGCGACGACACUGAUACUAUGAUCACGAUCAUGUUGGAAGACCUGGAAGCAGGGCUUCGGCAGAUUUCCAGACAACGGCAAUUGCAGUGACAUGUAAAUUCAGGAGAAUUUUUCUUGAUCAUCUCUUGCUUGUCAACAAAGACAGUUAUGGCCGUACAAUGACAGGGUCUCAUCCAUAAAUGCUUUUGGCUAUUCUUUCUGUUGUAUCUAGUCAUUGCUAGAUUGAUGCCGUCCAACGAUAGCAGUGUAGUGGUAAAAUGCAUGUAGUUCCCUGAAUUCCUAUGUUAUUCCAGAUGAGGUUUAUACAUAUAAAUAAAUAUAACCUGUGUAUAUACAAUUAUACAUUCAUGCCCUAACAAUCAGUGUCAGAGGUCCGGUGCUUGCCUACAGAAGUAAAGACAGCAAGAAUUUUUUGGUGCGAGCAGUAGCUCAUUCA